UUUUGAUCAUGUGAGCACACUGUACGAUUGCCGCUUAUGUGUAGUUCAGUACAGUAUUGUCGGCUACUUCCUUUUAUUUUUUUUUCACGUUAACAAUUUUUAUUUAUUGUCUUUUAUCAGCGACAAUAAACCGGAAGAUGAGUGGUUUGAAAAAGUUUGAAGAAAUCUUAAUAACAUUACCUGUCUGGGUUUUGAUCGUGUUCUGGUUUUUGGGUACUCCAAAUUUGUGUGUUGCGUACAACCAGAUUAACCCCUUGGUGUAUGACGAGCAGUUGCUGUGGGUGAGUGGCGGUGCAGGGCAGGUAAGCGCUUACAGGAUCCCCAUUCUCACGUUUACACCCAAGGGCAGCUUGCUGGCAUUCAGUGAGGCGAGGAAAGGCUCCUCGAGUGACUAUGGGGCGAAGUUCAUCGCCGUUAGGCGCUCCACAGACAGAGGGGCCACCUGGUCUCCCACCUCAUUCAUCGUGGACGACGGCAUUCUGGAGGACGGCCUGAACCUGGGCUCGGUGGUGGUGGACAAGGACACGGGCUCCGUGCUGCUGCUGUACUCUCUGUGCUUCCACCGCUACCACUGCAGCCCGUCCAGCACCAUGCUAGUGGAGAGCAUGGAUGAUGGGCUCAGCUGGAGUCGGCCCCGAAACCUCUCUGUCCAGCUGGGAGUGCAGAGCUUCGCGCCGGGGCCUGGCUAUGGCAUCCAGAAACGCUACCCCCCAGCAGUGGGCCGGCUGGUAGUGUGUGGACAUGGCUCCAUCGAUGGUGACGGGGUCUUCUGUGUGCUCAGCGACGACCACGGCAAGACGUGGACCAACGGCGCAGCCCUGAAGAGCAUACCGUUCAACCAGCACAAGCUGGAACUGGACUUCAACCCGGACGAGUGUCAGCCCGUGGAGAUGGAAGAUGGCAGCAUCAUUAUCAACGUACGCAACCAGUACAACUAUCACUGCCGCUGUCGCAUCGUGGUACGCAGCACGGACGGUGGCCGGUCGCUGCCCCUGGAGGAGCUCACCUUCGACCACACACUGGUGGACCCAGUGGUGGCGGCGGGGGCGCUGCAGAAGGAGGGCAUCAUGUACUUCACCAACCCUGCUAACGAUCACGAGCGGAUCAACCUGACCCUGCGGUGGUCUCUGAGCAAUGGCACGUCCUGGGAGAAGGAUGUGGUGCAGAUCUGGCCGGGGCCGAGCGGCUACUCGGCGCUGACGUCACUAACGGGCUCACACCCAGAGGACAGGAAGUUCAUCUACCUCGUAUACGAGAAGGGACACAAGAGCUACGUCGAGACGAUCUCCUUUGCAAAGAUCCACUUAUAUGGGGGCAUUUAGGAAGGAAUGGAGGUGGGUGGGAGAUGGUGGGGUGGGAAGAGAUGGCUGAAAUUUUCAGAGUUACCCAUGUAGUUUGGGUGACGGCGUUCUCUGCUGUUAACCCUCAGCCGCGUUUUUGCCAACAAAAGACUAUUCUGAAAAUGUCAUUAUUUUACCAAAUAGACCAUAAGUGUGCCUGUGUGAGUGAAUGGUGUGUGCUGUGCUCUGUAAUGAGUUGGCAACCCAUCCUGGGUUGUUCUUUGCCUCAUGCCUGUAAUCUCUGGGAUAGGUUCUGCCCCCCCCAACAUCCCUGCAUAAGACAAGCGGGUACAGAAAAUGGAUGAAUGGGAAGAGGCUUGAAGGACAAUGGGUUGGGUGUCCGGCCUUGAGAUUGAAUCAGACUCGAUUCAAAGAAAUGCUUGUUUCAGUGCAAUGAUAUUUGUUUCUUCUCUUCUCAAGUCGCUUUGAGAAUUGAUUUUCAUGGAUUUCUUUUACCUGUAGAAUUCUACCACUUGGGGGCAGCAAAUCCUACAAACACAUCCAGGAAUGUUGAGUUUUUUUCCUCACAUGAAUUGUUGUGGAUUCUUAAGAAUAUUUAUAUUAAUUUGUUCUACAAAAUAACAAUAUAUUGCCGGCACAGCACAAGCCUUGAACUGGGCUUGGAUUUUAGAUUCUGGAGUUUCACAUGGGACUUCUCGUGAUGUCACCAUAGGAUUGUGUUGACAAGGUGCCAUAGAAGAUGGUAUUUGGACAGGAUCAAGAAGUGAGCCAGUCACGGGUGCAACACCUUCAGCUUUCUUUGUCCAGCAUCCAAUUAUCACAUACAUUUGUCUAAAAAUGCCCUGUCUCAGCUGCUGCCGUCUGACUUAGGUUUAGAGGGAAAUGGCCAACAACCACGAGAAUAGAUGAUUAAAGAUGGAACCCGAAGAAGAUGUCUUGUAAAGUGGGAUCUGUAUUCAUAAUUGUCCUGUAUCCCCCCCCCCUUGUAAAGAAAUGUCACUUAGGAUUAAACCUACUCCAAACUAGAAUUGAUAUGUGUUCUUUACUGUAGGAUUUUAGUGGAAAUAGUGUUAGUAAUUGAACCAAUUAAGCUGAGCAUUUGCAAAGUAAAGCCACCAUUUUCUUGCCUGCUGGGCAGGAGAAUGCAUUCUCUCUGAAGCAAAAAAAUGAACUUUAAUUUGCAUUCCAGAUGAAGUUCAGUGAAUCGUCUAUGGAGAUGUGCAAUGUGGAGGCUCAUAUCUAGCUUGAUGUGGGAGUUCAGUCUCUCAGGAAUCAAACAUUUCAUUCAAUAUUAUGUUGAUCCUUUUUUGCAUAUAAUGAAGCAGUAUGUGAAGGGAAGAUACUGGAUUUACUGUCACACUCCCUUAAUUAUAGUUACAGAUUAAAGAAAAAUUGUUUGCCAUGGUAGUCAAUACAUGGAAAUGGUAGUCAAAAUUCAAAAUAUAAUUGGGUUCAACAAAUGAUUUGGAUUGCUUGGGAAUUUUAAGUCUGAUUGCGCUAUAAAGGCAAAUGGGUGCGUGUCUACAGUUACCUUAGCUAAGUAGCUACGGUCAAACCCAUUGAAGUAUUAAUAACUGGAAUCAUAUGGUGGGUUGUUUAAAUAGCUUGGUUUGUCACACAGAUGAGCAAGUGCUGUGCACAAAGUGGGCAUUAUUUCGGGUUUUAAAUGUAAUAAAAAAUCACAGUGAUGCAAUAAUUUUGGAUUUAUCCAGGUUUAUUUAAAAUUCCUGUUAUCCUUAAACAUUAUAUGUGAAUAUUGUAAAGUUUCUGAUGUCUAAUUAAAAAGAGAUUAACGAAUGUA